AUGAAAUUCCCCUCUCAUAUUAUGGCGAGUGCCGUAUGCGCGCUCUCCCUCGCUCCGUCUGUCCUCGCCGUACUUACCUUUGGGUUCCCCUACGGACGCACGAAAGUCCGGGGCGUCAGCUUGGGCGGUUGGCUCGUCCUCGAGUCCUGGAUAACCCCCUCCCUCUUCGACGCCACCAAUGACAUGCGCAUCAUCGACGAAUGGACCUUCUCGCAAUACCAAUCACGCUCCAAAGCCACCUCCGCGCUCAAGAAGCACUGGGACUCCUGGAUCACCGAGGCGGACUUCAAGGCGAUCGCUGCGGCGGGGCUGAACCACGUCCGGAUACCGAUAGGGUACUGGGCGUUUGACGUCUCGGGCGGAGAGCCGUUCGUGCAGGGCCAGCUGCCGUAUUUGACCAAGGCGAUUGGAUGGGCGGGGAAGUAUGGGUUGAAGGUUAUUGUCGACUUGCACGGUGCCCCAGGAAGUCAGAACGGCUUUGACAACUCCGGCCAAGCCAGACCCACGCCUCAGUGGCACACCAACUCAACCAACGUCAAACGGACCAACGCCAUCGUCAAGCGCAUCGCCUCAUUAUACAAAGACAAGAGCGGCACCGUGUCAGCCAUCACACCUCUGAACGAGCCUGCGGGGUACGUCGGCGGGACGAUUAUGGAUGUCGUGAAGCAGUUUUACUACGACAGCUACGGAAGUAUCCGCUGGCCGUACGGCACGUCGCGUCAGGGAAACACCGUCGUGCUCCUCAGCGACGCGUUUCAGGCGACGGCGUACUGGCGCGGGUACAUGCCGUACCCGCAGUGGGACGGCGUCAUCAUGGACACCCACAUCUACCAGGUGUUCACGGAUUGGGAAAACCACCUCACGCAAGAGCAACACAUCGCCGCCGCCUGCGCGCGUGCCUCCGACAUGACCUCCGCCUCCCUCUGGCAAGUCGUCGGUGAAUGGUCCGCCGCCUCGACGGACUGCACCAACUCGCGUUCCUUCUUCUCUCGCGGGUCCGGAUCGCGGUACGAGGGGACGUACCCCGGGUCCACGCGCGUCGGCUCGUGCGCCGGGCUCACGGGCAAGGCCAGCACGUUCAGUACGGGGUAUAAGACGUUCUUGAGGAGGUUCUGGGAGGCGCAGGUGGUGACGUACGAGAAAGCGCAGGGGUGGAUUAUGUGGACGUGGAAGGCGGAGAAUGCGGAUGAGUGGUCGUACCAGGCAGGGCUUGCGAAUGGGUGGAUACCGAAGAAGGCGACGGAUUUGAAGUAUAGGAAUAUUUGUGGAUGA